ACUGCAUGGCAGUUCAAACUGUGAUGAUGGGCUGCAAUAACUUUUUCACACCUCGAGUUUGUUGACUCUGUACUCAGAGCAGAGGGAAAAGAAGGGUGGACCGAAGUCAUAUCUGGAAAGGUUAGGGUGCUUUCCAGCCCUCAUUUUGAAGCAGAACAUGAGUGAAAACUUGAAGGACUGUUUGAUCCAGACCCAGACUUCCUUAGGGGAGAUGGUGACGAUAAAAACAGAGGCUUGCUCUCCGCGUCGGGAUCAGGAGUAUGGACAACCUUGCUCUGGAAGGCCUGAUCCACAGUCCAUGGAUGUGGAACCCAAGAAACUGAGAGGGAAACGAGAUUUGAUCAUGACCAAGAGCUUUCAGCAAGUGGAUUUCUGGUUUUGCGAGUCCUGCCAGGAGUACUUUGUCGAUGAGUGUCCGAACCAUGGUCCCCCGGUGUUUGUGUCCGACACCCCAGUGCCUGUUGGGAUCCCUGACCGGGCAGCGCUGACCAUCCCGCCUGGUAUGGAGGUGGUGAAAGAACCCAGUGGGGAGAACGACGUGCGCUGUAUGAACGAGGUGAUCCCCAAAGGUCACAUCUUUGGGCCAUACGAGGGGCAGAUCUCUAGCCAGGACAAGUCUGCAGGAUUCUUCUCUUGGCUGAUCGUUGAUAAGAACAACCGCUACAAAUCCAUAGAUGGGACAGAUGAAACCAAAGCAAACUGGAUGAGGUAUGUGAUCAUCUCCCGAGAGGAGAGGGAGCAGAACCUGAUGGCCUUUCAGCACAGUGAGAGGAUUUACUUCCGUGCCUGUCGCGACAUCCGGCCUGGCGAGAAGCUGAGGGUCUGGUACAGUGAGGAUUACAUGAAGCGGUUGCAUAGUAUGUCCCAGGAGACCAUCAACAGAAAUCUCACAAGAGGGGACAAAAAGUUACAGAGGGAGAAGUCAGAAAAGAACAUGGAAAAUCAAGAGGACAUGCGGGGGCCACUCCAGCUGACCACACUAAAGCAAGGGAAGAGCCCUUACAAGCGCAGCUGUGAUGAGGGGGAAUACCACCCCCAAACAAAGAAAAAAAAAAUUGACCUCAUCUUCAAAGAUGUCCUAGAGGCUUCCUUAGAAUCUGCCAAGUUGGAAGAGAACCAGUUAGCAACAAGUACACCCAUUUCCAUCAGAAAAGCAUCUAAAUACCAGGCUGAAGACAUCUUUGAGAGCUGCGGCAGUGCCAUGCAACAUGGCUCCCUGAACCUCAGCAGAGACCGGAGUGAGGGGGAAUGGAAGGGCCCCCACGGUUCCUCUUUUAGCACGGCCAAAGAGAUGGGGCUUCUUGAAGAUGACGAAGAAGAGCCUCUGUCACUCAAAGCAGACAGCCCGACUGAGCUGUUGCUGGCCUCUGCUCAAGGCAACUCCCAUGAAAUCCCCACCACCUCCUUCUGCCCCAAUUGCAUCCGGCUGAAGAAGAAGAUCCGGGAGUUGCAGGCUGAGUUAGACAUGCUGAGAUCUGGGAAGUUACCUGAGCCACCCGUGCUACCGCCUCAGGUACCCGAGCUCCAAGAGUUCUCUGACCCCACAGUUUCAGAAAGCAUCAUCUCUGUUCCCACUAUCAUGGAGGACGAUGACCAAGAGGUGGAUUCUGCUGAUGAAUCAGUUUCCAAUGAUAUGAUUGCUGCUACAGACGAGCCUUCCAAGAUGUCUUCUGCAACUGGUCGGAGGAUACGGCGUUUCAAGCAAGAGUGGCUUAAAAAGUUUUGGUUUCUGCGGUACUCCCCGACGUUGAAUGAAAUGUGGUGCCAUGUCUGCAGGCAGUACACAGUGCAAUCCUCUCGGACUUCAGCCUUCAUCAUUGGCUCAAAGCAGUUCAAGAUACACACAAUAAAGCUUCACAGCCAGAGCAACCUCCACAAGAAGUGCCUGCAGCUUUACAAGCUCAGGAUGCAUCCAGAGAAGACAGAAGAGAUGUGCCGAAAUAUGACCCUGCUCUUCAAUACAGCCUACCACUUGGCUUUGGAAGGCAGGCCCUACUAUGACUUUCGGCCACUGGCAGAACUACUGAGAAAGUGCGAGCUCAAGGUGGUCGAUCAGUACAUGAACGAAGGAGACUGCCAAAUCUUAAUUCACCAUAUUGCCCGGGCUCUUCGAGAGGACCUGGUAGAACGGAUCCGACAGUCUCCCUUCCUCAGCAUCAUUCUGGACGGGCAGAGCGAUGACUUGCUGGCAGACACAGUUGCAGUUUAUGUACAGUACACGAGCAGUGAUGGGCCUCCGGCAACUGAAUUCCUGUCUCUUCAAGAACUAGGCUUUUCUACAACAGACAGUUACCUCCAAGCAUUAGACAGGGCUUUUUCCAGCCUGGGAAUACGAUUGCAGGAUGAGAAGCCAACUAUUGGCUUGGGAGUUGAUGGUGCUAACAUUACUGCCAGCCUGAGAGCUAACUUGUUCAUGACAAUCAGAAAGACUUUGCCGUGGCUACUCUGCUUGCCCUUUAUGGUACACAGGCCCCAUUUGGAAAUUUUGGAUGCAAUUAGCGGGAAAGAGCUUCCGUGCCUGGAGGAGCUAGAAAACAAUUUGAAGCAAUUGCUCAGUUUCUAUCGUUACUCUCCCCGACUCAUGUGUGAGUUGAGGGUCACUGCGGCCACUCUGUGCGAAGAGACCGAGUUCUUGGGAGACAUCCGAGCAGUGAAGUGGAUCAUUGGGGAGCAGAAUGUGCUCAAUGCUCUGAUCAAGGAUUACCUUGAGGUUGUGGCCCAUCUCAAAGAUGUCAGCGGCCAAACCCAAAGGGCAGACGCUUCCGCAAUUGCGUUGGCCCUCCUGCAGUUCUUGAUGGACUACCAGUCAAUUAAACUCAUCUACUUCUUGCUGGAUGUGAUAGCUGUGCUUUCACGCCUUGCCUAUGUCUUCCAAGGGGAGUACCUUCUUGUGUCGCAAGUGGACGAUAAAAUAGAGGAGGCUAUCCAGGAGAUUAGUCGACUGGCAGACUCGCCUGGGGAGUACUUGCAGGAAUUUGAGGAAAACUUCCGUGAAAGCUUUAAUGGCAUUGCUGUGAAAAACCUACGGGUGGCUGAAGCCAAAUUCCAGUCGAUCAGAGAAAAGAUCUGCCAGAAGACCCAGGUGAUCCUAGCCCAAAGGUUUGAUUCUCGUAGCCGGACAUUUGUGAAAGCCUGUCAGGUAUUUGACCUUGCAGCUUGGCCCAGAAGCACUGAUGAGCUCAUGAGCUAUGGGAAGGAGGAUAUGGUACAAAUAUUUGAACACUUGGAGACAGUCCCAUCGUUUUCCAGAGAGGUUUGCAGAGAGGGGAUGGACACCCGAGGGAGUUUGCUGAUGGAGUGGCGAGAACUCAAGGUGGAUUAUUAUACCAAAAAUGGUUUUAAAGACUUACUCAGUCACAUUUGUAAAUACAAACAGAGAUUUCCCCUCUUAAAUAAAAUAGUUCAGAUCCUCAAAGUCCUUCCCACCUCAUCGGCCUGCUGUGAGAAGGGGCGCAAUGCCUUGCAGAGAGUGCGCAAAAACAACCGCUCUCGGCUCACGCUGGAGCAGCUCAGUGAUCUUUUGACAAUUGCCGUUAAUGGGCCUCCCAUUGCCAACUUUGAUUGCAAAAGGGCACUAGAUAGUUGGUUUGAAGAAAAGUCGGGCAAUAGUUAUGCACUGUCAGCUGAAAUGCUGAGCAGGAUGUCGUCUCUUGAUCAGAAGCCGAUGCUGCAGAGCAUGGACCACGGCUCUGAAUUUUACCCCGAUAUUUAGGAAGGAAUGCCUCAGAUCAGAAAGCUGUUGAAUAAUUUUUUUAAUCUAUACUCUAAACUUUGAUAUAUUAUAAAAAUAUAUAUAUUAUAUAUAUAUUAAGGAAAAACCCACACUGAAAAUUUAAAAGUUAAGGCGAUGUGCGUCUGAUAGAAGCUAAGCAGAAUUUUAAAGAUUGAGACAAUGUUUAAAAAUUUACUGGUGUCUCCAACCAUGGCAGCUGCAGUGUAGGUGGCAACAUUUCAUUCUUCAGAAGCUAUGUGCUGGGGCCAUACUCUACAUGUUCAGCCCUAACAAUCUAUAAGCUAGAUGACUGGUCUUUGUCAGCCUCCUCCUCCCAACGGUUUCCUUUGUAUGUGUGUUGUUGCUUUGUUGGGUUGUGUGUUGGGUUUUUUUUUUCCUCAGUUGUAAUCUCUGCCUCUCUUUUCAUUGUUUAGUCCAGUUAUUGAGCCAUUUGAGCCAUUUGUUGGCCACCGUCAGAUUUCUGAUUUCCGACAGAGCAUCCCAUGUGUUUGUGUUGUCCCCAGCUCUCCAACUCCCCGUAAUUCUCUUUGUUAGAGUAGAAGUUUUCUUCGCUCACAAAGAUUAUUGGGAGGAGGAGGAAAAACUGGGGAAGGUUAUUUUGUUUUUCCUGAUUUAAAAACAAAUAUCUCCACUAAACUGUGAUGCCCCUUUCUCAGUUCUCCCUACUUUUGGGCUGUAGAGUAAUGCUUGGCUUUCAGCUCCUUUUAUGAUUACCAUAGUACCAGUCUAUCAUACCUAUAUUAUAACAUGAUGUCAUAUGCAGACUAUAAAAUAGCAAAAUAGAGAAGGCAGGGGGAAAUUUUUGCAUUUAUAUUUUUGUAUUGUAGGAGAUAAAAAAUAUAUAUAUACAACUAUUCAUUCAAAACCAGGGCUGCUGUGGAAGCUAGACAGCCAAUGAGUCAAUAGCCAUCUCUGGGCAGAGAUUCAAAGGCUUAAAAAAUUAUAUUCUGAUUUACAUUAUUUAUACUCUGUCUUUAUAAUCCUAGAUUGUUGUGGGUUUUUUGUUUUGUUUUGUUUUGUUUUUGGAAUGAGUGAAAGAAAAACCUGCUGCAGUUGGUAGCAGGGGCUAUCAAUGCAAGAUCUAUCUUGGAUUAUAAUCAUGUGAUGAUGUCCUAUAAAGGUUCAUGUAUUCUCUUGUGACCAAGGUAACAUGUUCCACAGCACAGCAGACUGAUGACAACAGGAAGAAGGGUGCUGUACUUUUUCCUGUGAAAUGUAUCUUCCUUCCUUGAAGGAAUGCAGAGUCCAGCUGAAAUGUGAAUGGGGGACUUGCACCUUCCAUCACAAAGGAGAUUGUUUUGAGGGCCUGGGGUUCUUCUUUGAUUUAUUCUUUUAAAGUAAAAGAGCUCCAUGCAUUCACACAAUAUCACUUCAGGUUAGAAAAGCAAAAAAAAAAAAAAAAGGUGCAAAAACUCCACAGAUGCUAGUGCCUUGCCCUGCUGAUGUGGCAUGGACAGCACCAACCUGACCAGAACAUCAUGGGAGUGAGAACCUGUUGUCCAAAAGGUGUCUGAGCUGACAUGUUCGCACUUCCCAGAGGGAUGAGCUUUGUGCCAAGCUGUGUUGUAUGGAAACAUGACGGUGGUAUCAGCAACACUGAACCUUUCCUUUCUCCUGUUACCCCCCUGCCCUUGGUCUUGGUGCUAAGAUAUCUCUAGAA